AUGUCCCCGUUCCCGAAAAUUGGAGAUGUCGGCUAUUUAGAGGCGUCCGUUAAGGGAGGUUACACUGUAUUAGAGAGUAAAGUUGUCAGACGGAUGGUCUCCUUGGGUAACACCAGAAGAUCAGGAUUGGAUUUCACGCCCGGAGGUAAUUUAGAUUUAAAGCUGUCUUAGAAUAAUCGAAAAUCGAAACAUUCGGAAAGGUGAAAACGUCUUAAAUCAUAUAACAAAGCGAAAAAGCCGUCUUAGGAUAAUGGGAACGGGUGCAGCCAUUGUCAUAGUUAAUUUAAUGUAUACAUGUAGUGUAUAACGAUAAACCGUUGCUUCCGGAAAAAAAAAUUCUGAGCGAAAUUAUCUUAUGGUAAAUAAUUAAAUAUGGUAGAAUAAUGGUAGACAAUUUGUCGACAGGAAAAAUAAAUUUAUACUAAUAUUUUCAAUAUUCAUUACUUUCCUACGAACAAUAUUUAUUACAUAUUAUAUAACAAGGCGAAAAAAGCUGUCUUAGGAUAAUGGGGACGGGUGCAGCUACUGUCAUAGUUAAUUCAAUGUAUACCUGAGGCAACGAUAAACCAUUGCUAAAGAAAAUACGAUUCUGAACGGAGUUCAACUGAUAGUAUUUCUUUGUCAACAAUAUUACAUUUGUCAUAUUAUGGUAAAAUUAUACGAACAAUGUGCGUGUCCAUAAAAAUAUCCGUAACAAAAUUCCGUGUAAGAAAACAUCGAAAUUAGAACACAGAAAAUGAUGGAAAAUUACCAGUUUAAAAAGUAACGUAUCCAAAAUAGUAUAGCAAGUAAAAACCUGUCCUAAGUUAAUGGAGACGGGUGAAGUCACUGUAAUAGGGAAUUUAAUGUAAUGGUAUAAACUAAAGAAGAAUGCGAAAUCAGUGCUCGAAUUCGGGUGGGGGAGAUUGUGCGGGGGGACGGAGUUCCUCUUCUUUUUUUUUAUUUUUGUGCGAACCUCAACUAUAUUUAUUUUACCGUUUGAAAAUCAAAAGUAGGUUGUGGUUUUAACCCAAAAACUCAGGGUGACAAAAAAUAACAGAGAUAAAAAAUUAUAGAGCACCUUGUUUUUUAAAUGUUCUAGAAAAUAAAUUCCGGAAAAAUUUAAUAUUUUCCGAAAUAAUGAGUGUGUAAUAAUAAUAAUAAUAAUAAUAAUAAUAAUAGACUGAUCACCCCGUAUAAUAAGAGAUGUUUUCCCCACCAACAAUAGUUUCGAUUCAAAUCCAAACACGCGGUCGAAUCGGAUUUAAUUCAAUUCUCAAAUAUUUCCCACCAAGAGAGUAGCUUAUAUAGAUUACAGUUAAUACAGGAUAAUAUAUUUUAUGAUUUUUAUAAUACGUCAACGACUUUUCUCAAUUAAAAACUAUUUGAUCGGAGUUCGACAAACGGAUUAUAGGCUGCAGUUUAUAGGCGUUUUAUUAAUUCAUUCUGAGACCAAACGAAAAUCAAAAUUACUGGAACUGCUGUUGAAAAUGUUUUCUACAUUUUCAAAUAUCGAACCGGGAUAAAAUCCGCAGCUUUUCCUCCGUUGAGUAUAUGGUAAUCUUCGGGGAAAACUUAUUUUCAAUAUGUACUGUAUUUACCGAAAAUUGAGGGCUGGUUCUCGAGAACGAAUUAAACCUUACCAAAAUUUCAGGAAACCAUUGUCCAUUUCACCAGUUACCAAAUCCUAUCCUACAUGUUAUGCCUGCUUAUCAAAACCAAAGUAAAACGGGGUUUUGUUACUCUAAUUACGCGUGGGAACCCAAUAGGUUUAUUAACAGGAUUUUGAUAAAACUAAUUCAAGUUCUUUUUAAACGUCGUAAAAAACGUUACAGCGACAAAAGAUCAAGCGUCCCCCAAACUUUGAAGACUUUUGAUCGCCAAAUGGGAAGUGAUGUAAUUUCACACUCUAACCAUUGA